AGUGAACGCGCAUCGCACGCGCUCAUACACCCAAAGACUCUCCGCUAGUGAGAACACGAGCGAUGGACCAAAAUAGCGACAAAACGAUGCCCUGAGGGUCUAUACCUGUGUCCAACACUCUGAUCUGACAGAGGAAAUGGGGGGUUUUCAUUUGCUGGUGUUUGUGCUGAUUGGGAAUAGAUUGGGUCCUACCCGGAUUUUAGCCGAGGCCCAGGCUAGUGAGCGACGAGUUUUGGCCCACAUUCCUGGAGACAUCAUUAUCGGGGCACUUUUCUCCGUCCACCAUCAGCCGCCAGCAGACAAGGUCCACGAGCGCAAGUGUGGCGCCGUCCGAGAGCAGUAUGGCAUCCAGCGGGUGGAGGCCAUGAUGCACACCCUGGACCGCAUCAACGCAGACCCGCUCAUCCUUCCCAACAUCACCCUAGGCUGUGAAAUCCGAGACUCCUGCUGGCAUUCUGCCGUGGCUCUGGAGCAGAGCAUUGAGUUCAUCCGGGACACUCUGGUCUCAGCCGAGGAGGAGGAAGGCAUGGCUAAAUGUUCCACCGAAGGCGGAGGGACUCCCAUGAAAGGGAAGAAGCCUAUUGUGGGUCUGAUCGGGCCUGGAUCCAGCUCUGUGGCCAUCCAGGUGCAGAAUCUCCUGCAGCUCUUCAAUAUUCCCCAGAUCGCGUAUUCGGCAACCAGCAUGGAUCUCAGCGAUAAGUCUUUGUAUAAGUACUUCAUGAGAGUGGUGCCCUCUGAUGCCCAACAAGCCCGGGCAAUGGUGGACAUCGUCAAAAGAUACAACUGGACCUACGUUUCUGCCAUUCACACUGAAGGGAAUUAUGGAGAGAGUGGAAUGGAGGCCUUCAAAGACAUGGCAGCGAAGGAGGGCAUCUGCAUUGCCCACUCCGACAAGAUCUACAGUAAUGCUGGAGAGCAGAGCUUUGACCGUCUCCUCGAUAAACUGAGAAGUCACUUGCCCAAAGCUCGUGUGGUGGCAUGUUUCUGCGAGGGCAUGACCGUACGGGGCAUCCUCAUGGCCAUGAGACGUCGCCGCCUGGUUGGAGAGUUCCUGUUGGUUGGCAGUGAUGGCUGGGCCGACCGCUAUGAUGUCACUGAUGGCUUCCAGAGGGAGGCAGCAGGGGGAAUCACUAUCAAACUGCAGUCUGCUUAUGUCACGUGGUUUGAUGAUUACUACCUGAACCUGCAGCCUGACACAAACAUGCGCAACCCCUGGUUCCCGGAGUUCUGGCAGCACCGCUUCCAGUGCCGGCUGAAGGGUCAUCCGCAGGAGAGUGUUAAAUACAACAAGACCUGCACCAAGAAAGAGUCUCUUCGGCACCAGUACGCUCAGGACACAAAGAUGGGCUUUGUGAUCAAUGCCAUCUACUCAAUGGCCUUCGGCCUCCACGCCAUGCAGAAGUCCCUGUGUCCCGGCUAUGCAGGUCUUUGUGAAGCCAUGCGGCCAAUUGAUGGAGGUAAACUCUUAGAAUUCCUCAUGAGAACAAACUUCAGCGGCGUCUCGGGCGAAGUGGUGCUGUUUGAUGAAAACGGAGACUCCCCGGGGAGGUAUGAAAUCAUGAACUUUAAACAGAUGAGUGAAGAGGACUACAGCUACAUCCAUGUGGGCAGCUGGGACAACAGAGGGCUGAAGAUGGAUGAUGAGGAGAUUUGGGCCAACAGCAGUGCCAUCAUCAGAUCAGUGUGCAGCGAUCCUUGCGAAAAAGCUCAGAUAAAGGUUAUUCGUAAAGGAGAGGUGAGCUGCUGCUGGACCUGCACUCCAUGUAAAGAAAACGAGUUUGUGUUUGACGAAUACACCUGCCGAGCAUGUGAGCUUGGAUCCUGGCCUACAGACGACCUUACAGGCUGUGAGCGAAUCCCGGUGCAGUACCUUCAGUGGGGAGAUCCUGAGCCCAUUGCUGCUGUGGUCUUUGCCUGCCUUGGCCUGCUCGCCACCAUCUUCGUCACUUUGGUCUUCGUCAGGUUUCACGACACACCGGUGGUGAAGUCCUCCAGCAGAGAGCUGUGCUUCAUCAUCCUGGCUGGCAUCUGUUUGGGCUAUCUGUGUACCUUCUGCCUCAUUGCCAAGCCACACGUUGCCUACUGUUACUUGCAGAGGCUGGGCAUCGGGCUCUCGCCGGCCAUGAGCUACUCGGCACUGGUCACCAAAACCAACCGCAUCGCCCGCAUCCUCGCUGGCAGCAAGAAGAAGAUCUGCACCAAGAAGCCUCGUUUCAUGAGUGCCUGCGCCCAGCUGGUCAUCGCCUUCAUCCUGAUCUUGAUUCAGCUGGGCAUCAUCGUGGCACUCUUCAUCAUGGAGCCACCACAGGUGAUCUACGACUAUCCGUCCAUCCGCGAGGUGCACCUCAUCUGCAAUACCACAACCCUCGGAGUAGUGGCGCCGCUGGGCUACAACGGACUGCUCAUCAUGAGCUGCACCUUCUACGCCUUCAAGACCCGCAACGUCCCCGCCAAUUUUAAUGAAGCCAAAUACAUCGCAUUCACCAUGUACACCACCUGCAUUAUCUGGCUGGCGUUCGUGCCAAUUUAUUUCGGUUCAAACUACAAGAUAAUCACCAUGUGCUUCUCUGUUAGCCUCAGCGCCACCACUGCGCUGUGCUGCAUGUUUGUGCCCAAAGUCUACAUCAUGCUGGCCAAGCCUGAGAGAAACGUACGCAGUGCUUUCACCACAUCCACGGUUGUGAGGAUGCACGUGGGAGAUGGGAAAUCUGCCUCGGCCGCUAGCCGCUCUAGCAGUUUGGCCAACCUGUUCAGACGGCGACCCUCUGGCACAGACACGGUCAGUUCCAAUGGCAAAACAGUGACCUGGGCACAGAACGAGAGAAGCUACAGACCCAACCUUUGGAAACGGAUCUCAAUCCACAUCAAGAAAAAAGAAGAAGCCAACCAGACGGCCAUUAUCAAACCAUUCUCAAAGGGCUGCGAUCGACCGCCAGACGCGGGAGUGAAACUAUCAUACGACGGCUCCCAGAAAAACCAACGCUACCCUGUAACCUACCGGCCUCGAACCCCAUCACCACUGCCAACCAUUUGCCAGCGUCCUUCGAUGAAAAGAUGCGACGUGGAAGAUGGUGAACGUGCGCAAGUAGUAGCCAUACCUUCAUACCUAACCGAGCGUCUACAACACCAACCAUCCUCCAUCAUGGAUCAAAUCAGCUGCGUGGUCAGUCAAUUCACAGCCAACAUCACUGAACUCAACAGCAUGAUGCUUCCCGGUUCACCACCAGGAACAGCCGUCAACACCACCGCCACCCCCGCCAACCCCCCAAGACCCUGUUCACCAUCCUACCGUCACCACCAGCAGGAAAGACCACAUCCUACCACCGUCACUACAUACGCAGAUGUUGUGGCCGCAGCAAACACCACCCCUCGCUCAGCAGUUGGCAUCGCCGGUGGCAUCAUAGCCGGCGGGAGCAGCCGAGCUUCACCCGCCAGCCUUUUUGACAGCACCUACGACUCCUCGUGUGCAGUCAGGACCACUGAUUUCGAGGACUUGGGCGUCUUGACACCACCUUCGCCAUUUAGAGACUCCUCUGUUGACUCAAUCAGCGAGUCUCCAACGUCGCCAGCCUCUGAGCUGCCAUUGUGUGAGCCCUGCUCCCCCAUAUACGACCAGCUGGUGCUGCGCCACUACAGCCAGAGCUCGUCUUCGCUCUGAGAGUUUUUCUGGAGACCAAGAGGCAGCUGCUUAGAUCGCAAAAUCCUGCUGUAAAUGUCAAGGAGUGUAAACUCUUAAUAUAGAAGCACUCGCAGAGGACAUUUUUAUGGUGCUUGGAAUCUGGCCCGUCCUCGAAAAUCCCAAUCUGCGUAAGGCACUCCACCAAACGGCUUCUCAGAUAAUUAGGGAUGUACUUGAUACUCAAGAGCGCUCUGACUUACUUUUACGAUCCUUCUUGGCAAGAUGAUGGUCAAGCUGGAAGAUUUAAUAACAUUCCAACGACGUCAAUCUGGACAGGUGUGUAAAAUAACCAAUAGCUAAACUCCUGAUGUAACUACAGGUGAUGUCAUUUCCUCUCUCCUGUUGCCUGAACGUCGUGCACGAUUCUUCGUAGAAGUGCAAACGUUUGAAUGUAGGACCAAAUUGAGCCUUCGAGCGCAAAGUAGUUUGUUUAAAUAUUGGUCAUUUGUUUUUUUUCCCUAGCUUAGAGGUUGCAUGUUGUGCCACUUCAUUUAACUUAUAAAAAUGAUAUUUAUUAUUAUAUUUUUCAUAAUAAAUCCUAUAGAAGUGA